AUGACACUCACGCAAUACAUCUUUACUGCCCUCGCCUUCCUCCGGCCCCGGUCAAGGAACGAUGAGCCGCUCGCGGCGAUCCCGCGUCGAUUAUCUAUAGGUAUCUGGUUAUGGAGACGGCCAGUAUCUCUCAUCUCACUGACGGCUCUCGCGGUUCUCACGUUGCACUUCAUCAACAGCAAGAUGUCGUAUUUCCUACCGCCCAAGAUCUCAGACGCGGCCCCUCGACGGAGCAUAUCCACGCCCCAGGCAUCGUCACCCGCGUCCAAGAAGCAGCAGAAGCAAAAGGAGAAGCAGCCGCCGCCUCUCACGAGGGCCCCGACGGAGCGUCGUCGCUCCACUUCGUUGGGAGGAUGGGUGAAGAACAUACUGCCAAGCCAGCGGCCGGAACGCGGUGGCACGAGCAGAGGGCAGGGGUACUGGGAGCAGAUGGAGAAGGAGGGUAAGAUACGGCCUCGACGGCGCGUGACGGAUAGCCAGUACAGCGUGGGGGACGUAUCGGUGGACUCGGACCACAUUGCUCGUUGGAACGUGCCGAAGGAUCUUUCGGAGGACAGGCCGCGUGUGUUGCCGAAGACGCCGCCGCCGCCGCUGGUGCAGCGUGCCAUCUCCUCGGGUGUCAAAUCUCCAUCAUCGCCGAUUGGCAAGCCGCUGCCUGGGAGUUGGAGUCCACAGAAGGAUUGUGAAGAGGAAUUCUCCGUCACUGAGCUGGGAGGGGUCCUGCAGAGGGACAAUGGCGACGAUAGAAGAGGCGGUCCAUCAGGAGGCAGCAUGCACCCUAAGUUGAGCAGUCUGGCCACGGGUGCAGAGACUGCAGCAAAGGGGAAACAGCCUGUCUCACACGAUGAGCUCCGGGCCAGGCUCAAGGCUCGGCGGCUUCAACGGCAGAGCUUAAAGGAGAGCGGCGACUAUCUCGGCGUGCAGGGCGUCAACCCCCAUACCGGAGAGCCGGACGCUUUGAGUCCCACCGAUAGCAGUGCCGCAAGCAUAGUCAGCCAUCAGGAGACUGUCCACAGCGUUAUGAGUACUUGGCGAGAUAUCUGGAAGCACAACAGACACCACAGGCCGAGAGGCUCGCCUGGCCAGGAUGAGCGUGUCAAAGAUGGUGAUGUUAGUCUUUCCAGGUCACAUAAGGGGAAGCAGAAGGUGAAAGACUUGGGCAAGGCCGUCAGGUGGAAGAGACGCGCGGGCCAGUGGUCGUCGUUGCAGGAGCCGGACUUGAGUCCCAUUGCUCAAUCUCUGAAGAGCGCAUCUCCAACUGAACUUCUCUCAACACAGCCGUCUGGCCAUCAUAGAGCUUCAUCCCCAGAGGCCAGCACCUCCACGGCCCGCAGUUCGUCCGCUUCGACGGAGCUUCAUGGGGGUCGAUCCGGCCGUGACAAUCCUGCCUCACAAGUGAAUUCCACGCCUGAAAGUCAACCCAAGAAGAUUUCUUUUUUAGGCAUGGAAGCCGAAAGGGACAUGGACACGCCAUGCACAGAGGCGAGCACGACCCUUUCGGCAAGCCAAUCACUCCAGUCGACCCCAGCUUUCUACCGGGGAUCCGACCUCAGACGCAGGCUGAGCAUUCCGGAAAGCAUGAACAUGGGACACAGCUCGCAUCUGUGCCCGAUCGAGCUGGGAGGGUUGGCUCCUUUGAUCCGUCUCGGAGAAAGCCCAUUGGCGGCAAUGUCUCAACUGGCGCCCACAAAGUCACUCAAAAGGCUGAGGAGACACCAGUCGAAGGCCAACCAGAGCCCAAGCGAUGGGCAAGCAAUCGGAGCAAGGGCGGUGAAAGGCGUGAAAGGCCAGAAGACGCUGACAUUAGACCCGCGAGGGAUACCAACAGCAACCGGCCAACCGCAGGAGGAGCCAGUCACCCCGGAGCAGUCCGCGUGCUCCCGUCGUCUCCAACGCCGAAUUACCAAGAACGGCAUCAAACAGGGCAUGCGAGAGCUGAAAGAAGGCAUACUAAUGUCGGGCACGCAGCGGUUAGAGCAGCCUUACCAUCCGGUAAUCCCAAGCAGAGUGGUACACCAGCAGACGGGCAACUCCCUGCCCAUAACUCCAGACAAGAGCAACGUGACCAAGCAGCCUGCGUACAUACCCACCACCAUCACUACUGGCUGCAACCACCAAAUGUCUCCCUCCGGCUACCGCCAGGAAGUACUGCAGGACAAUUGUCUUCUGCCAAGGAUGGCCCGACUAGACGAGUCGAGAUACAAAGCGCCGACAGCGAAGUCGUCGGGGCACAGCUUGGGCAACAUUCAUACAAACCAACACAUGAGAACCAAGCAGAGUAUAAUCUCGUCGGCAGAGGGCGAGUCGGUAGGCGAACGACAAGCAGGCAUUACAUAUCGGGAGGAGGUGGACAAGACCCGGUCAGCAGAGGAUUGUUUGCGCAACAAGCGCUUGAGGAGGCUUGCCAUGUUAGCUCAGGACAGCAGCUCGUUGCGCAGAUCAACGUCUAUACAGGACCGAAUAUUACAGGCUACGAUGCCAUGCAAGAAGCCAUUGAUCAGGAGCCAAGAACUGCAAGAAUUGAUGCCGGAGGGAGAGUCGGACUCGGCAGGCGACCAAACGCAGAUGCACGACCGCUUAGAGAAGCGCCGAUGCCCAGAGAACCGAGGCGAAGACGACACCGAAGAUCGUUUGCGAAAAAUCCAGAAGCUCAACGAGACUGCUGGUCUAGGCACGAGUGACGAGGACGAUGCUGAAUCGGGGAAGCAGGAGGAGGCUACUGGGUCGAAGCGUCUUGUGGAGGGUCUUGAGACUUUGGGUCGACUGUACUGGUCUGCCGUCUGGCCGAUACUCGACCCCGGAGCGCUGCGCGUCGAGCACGAGGGGCCGAUGCCCUUUUGGAAGGCCUGUUUGUCGAUAGCACUCGCAGUGCCGGCCGUGGCAGCUGGCUUUGUGGUUGCUGUGCAGGGAGUCAGACUUGUCAUUUAUCUGGUCUGGCUGAUGAGCUACGUGGAUGGUGGAUUGGCCGUCUGGGCUUAG